AUGUUGCAUGCGCGUCUGGGCUUUGUAUGCUCUGCUGGGGUUCGAAACCUGCAGAAGCACAUCGAGCGGGUCUGCCGCAAGCUGGCCACGAAGGUCGUGGAGCAGCUGGAGGACAAGAAGAGCCCGGACCAAGCGGAUGCAGCAGCCGGUGACGAUCAGGUCAUCGAGAUGCGUGUGGAUGAAGGCUCUCUCAGUGACUAUGUGGGGAAGCCAGUCUUCACCUCGGAUCGUCUCUACGAGGGGGCCUUGCCUCCGGGAACCGUUACAGGACUCGCUUGGACUGCACUCGGAGGAUCGGUGCUGUAUAUCGAAGCGACAGCUCUGCCCCGCCGCAGUGCCACGGCUGAAGGGGCCCCGAAAGCUCCGCCGGCACUGGCCGUGACUGGCCAGCUCGGCAGCGUGAUGAAGGAAUCCUCCUCCAUCGCUCUUCUCGUGGCACGGCGGCAGCUCGCCGCGCGCGGUGCUGGGUCCUUCUUCGAGGACCAUGAGCUCUUCCUCCAUUGUCCAGAGGGUGCCACGCCCAAAGACGGCCCAUCUGCUGGAGUCACGAUGACCACGGCCCUUCUGUCCCUGGCGCUCGAGAAGCCCAUCGCGACUGACCUUGCAAUGACCGGCGAGGUUUCAUUGAACGGCAAAGUCUUAGCGGUCGGCGGCAUUAAGGAGAAGACUAUUGCAGCCCGUCGCGCGGGCUGCAAGACCCUUGUCUUCCCUCAGGCAAACCGCAGGGGCUCCCAGUGA